GUCUGGUCCCUUAAAGGGCCCGCCGGCUGGUUGUUGUGCUGCAGGGGGGAGUCGGGGUUCGCCUUUGGCUGGCUGGCUGGCGGCGGCGGGGUCCCUUUAAAUUAUGAGCGUGGGCAGCGCGCGACCAUGCAAUGGCGGUCGCUGGUGCUGGGCCUGCUGCUGCUGAGGCUGGGGCUCCACGGGCUGCUGUGGUUGGUGUCCGCGCUGGGGCCCGGCCUGGGCUUCCACCAGCGCUUCCCCUUCGCCCUCCCGCCGCGCGGGGCCCCCGACCCGCCCUGGCCGCGGGCCGCCGGGCGCUGCGGGCGCGCCCACUGGGGCUGCGGCCCGGCCGGGGGCGAUGAGUACGAGAAGCGCUACAGCGGCGCCUUCCCCCCGCAGCUGCGGGCCCAGCUCCGCGACGCGGCCCGCGGCAUGUUCGUCUUCGGCUACGACAACUACAUGCGGCACGCCUUCCCGCAGGACGAGCUGAACCCCGUGCACUGCCGCGGCCGCGGCCCCGACCGCGCCGACCCUUCAAAUCUGAAUAUCAAUGAUGUCUUGGGAAACUACUCUCUAACUCUGAUUGACGCACUGGAUACCCUAGCGGUAAUGGGAAAUUCUUCAGAGUUCCAGAAAGCGGUGAAGUUAGUGAUUGACACAGUCUCAUUCGACAAAGAUUCUACAGUCCAAGUCUUUGAGGCAACAAUCAGGGUUUUGGGAAGUCUGCUUUCUGCCCACAUAAUAAUUACAGAUACCAAGCAACCCUUUGGUGACAUGACCAUUAAAGAUUAUGAUGAUGAACUCUUACAUAUGGCUCGUGACCUGGCAGUGAGGCUGCUACCUGCCUUUGAGAACACCAAAACUGGAAUUCCCUAUCCUCGGGUGAAUCUAAAGACUGGAGUCCCUCCUGACAGCAAUAAUGAGACCUGUACUGCAGGCGCUGGCUCUUUGUUGGUGGAGUUUGGCAUUCUUAGCCGGCUGCUUGGAGAUUCCACGUUUGAAUGGGUGGCACGGCGAGCUGUUAAAGCACUGUGGAGUCUUAGGAGCAACGACACUGGACUAUUAGGAAAUGUCGUGAAUAUUCAAACUGGCCAUUGGGUUGGAAAGCAAAGUGGCUUAGGAGCGGGUUUGGAUUCAUUCUAUGAGUAUCUGUUGAAGUCUUACAUCCUUUUUGGAAAAAAGGAAGACCUAGAGAUGUUCAAUGAUGCAUAUCGAAGUAUUCAGAACUACUUAAGAAGAGGACGGGAAGCCUGUAAUGAAGGCGAAGGAGACCCUCCUCUUUAUGUUAACGUAAAUAUGUUCAGUGGACAGCUGAUGAACACCUGGAUUGAUUCUCUGCAAGCCUUUUUUCCUGGACUACAGGUUUUAAUAGGAGAUGUGGAAGAUGCUAUUUGUCUCCAUGCCUUCUAUUAUGCCAUAUGGAAACGGUAUGGAGCUCUUCCAGAGAGGUACAACUGGCAAUUACAGGCACCAGAUGUCCUCUUCUAUCCACUGAGGCCAGAGUUGGUGGAAUCUACCUAUCUUCUUUACCAGGCCACAAAGAAUCCUUUUUACCUUCAUGUAGGCAUGGAUAUUCUUCAGAGUCUGGAAAAAUAUACAAAAGUCAAAUGUGGCUAUGCUACAUUGCAUCAUGUCAUAGAGAAGUCAAAAGAGGACCGGAUGGAGAGCUUCUUUCUCAGUGAAACAUGUAAAUAUUUGUAUCUGUUGUUUGAUGAAGAGAAUCCAGUGCACAAAUCUGGAAAUAAAUAUAUGUUUACUACUGAGGGGCACAUUGUGUCUGUGGAUAAACGUUUUCGUGACUCGCUAUGGCAAGAUACCUUCCCUGAAGAAGAGGAAAGGAAUGCCGAAAAACUAAAGCCUAACGAAUUAAAAGCCAUGAACUCCAGUUCUAACUGCAAUAGGGUUCCUGAUGAGAGAAGAUACUUGUUGCCGCUGAAGAGUAUUUACAUGAGACAGAUUGAUCAGAUGGUGGGUUUGAUCUGAAUUUGUUCUUCAGAGUAAUGCUUCAUAAUAUGCAAGGAGGAAAGUGGACUCUGAUUCUGAUACAAAUAUCUACAACUGUACACCUGUGAUGCGUCCCUACAUAUACUUAGUCACUUAAAUAGCCACUAUGUUUCUUAAGGAUUUAACUAUAAACUGAGAGGGAGAUCUUGAUAGAGUUUAAUAGUCUUCAAAAUGAAAUGUAGUAAAGCAAUGGGAACUCUAAAUACAAUUUGAACAGAGUUCUGUCCUGAUAAAAGUUCAUACAGCAAACCUUGUAUUGCAGAUGAAGUCUGGAUAAACUGGGAGUACAAUUUUUUUUUUUUAAUUUAAAAAAGCAAUUGGCAUGUGCCAUGAAAAUAAUUUUGCUACCUUUUUGUAGCUGUAUUGUAAAUGAUGUUCCUUUGGAAAAAGUUUAGUAUCGAAGUUGAAAAUGUUUUGGCGUUUUGAUGGCAAGGAAAGGGAAUGUGCAAUUUUAUCACCAAAUUUAAUCAUUUGGAUUGUUCUGACUAGCAAUAACAAUGCUAUUCCUCAGGUAGAAAUAUUUGUAGUGGAUUUUGGUUGAAACAGGGUUGUGUUUAGAAUAACAGUUUUGAGAGGCAACUCCUAGUCAUAAAAGAAAAGUUCUCAGUACAGGCAUGAGAUGUUUAAAGCAGUGUUCUUAACAUGAAUUGCACAUUCACAAAAGCAUACUAGCUAUAGAAACCAAUAAUUUAAGAACAAGGUGCCUUUGUUGGGGAAAUGCACAAGCCACUCUGAACUCUCUGAGCUGCUCACCUUGUAUUGCUUAGCUGAACAGAUGUUCAAAAUAUUCUUUAGAUUAUUUCUGUCAUGUACCUAAUCUCUAAUGCCUUUUGUAAAGAGAUCCUGAAGAAGUAUACAAUUAUCUGACAAUAUGAAAACAAAGUAAUUAUAUUGUUGGUAGUGCUUUUGGGGUUAGUGCCUUAAGCUUACCUUCCCUCAUGAAAAAAACUGAGCUUUUCUUUGAGAAUAUAUUUGUGUUAAAUGGAGUCAGUUACUUUUGGAGUGCCUUGGUCAUACAAUGUUGAGUCCCAAAGAAACUGAAGUUGGUAUUUUAAAUACUGGAAGGAUGUUGCCUAUUAGGCAUAUCCCAAAGAACGUUGGAUUCUUUAUAUCUUUUUUUUUUUUCUGUGAAUUCAGUCCAAUAUUGUACUGUA